UCUAUUUGCAGACAACUCGAAUGGCGCGGGCGAAUUAAGAAGAACGCACCACCAGCUCCCGGUAAUGACAAACACGUCUGGACUUUCUUCACGGGGAGGUAAGGAGGUAAUGGAAAACGCUUGACACAGACGGAACCCGCAUUGCAUCAUGGACAUAUGGUACCCAACUCGUGCCCCGCGGGAAAGAGACUAGCCUAUUGCAGCUUUAUUUAUAGAAUACAAAUUUAUGCCAAAAAUAACGGUCACAGUCAAACACAUUCGACCGGAUUAGCUCCGCUGUCGCUCUGAGGCUUCAGAUGCAGCCGCUGUCUAAAGGCAUGCGCAUCGACGCGGAUCAACGCAGAAGUUUGGGGUGCUGUUUUUCUUUUCGCGCCAACCAGUCAAGGCACCAGCAACAGGCCACCGGUUAUCACGUUUACCCGCGGAGAAGAGUGAAUGAGAUAGGAGAGUGCCUCUGUUUAUGGAUUAAAUGACAACUGAUCCAGGGGGAAAACUCAAGCUUUGAAGUUGGAGUUUAUGCGCAGAACGCGCGGAGAUAGUCCUCAUUUUGAUUCACUCUGUUACACGAAAGAUGGAGGAGCGCAGCUGACAGUUAGGGACCGUAGCCUCGAAAAGGAGAAGCACACCGGAGAAACCGAACUGCCAGAGGAGGGAAAUAUGUAUGGGCGUUACACACAGGAACUCGGUGUGUAUGCCAAGGAGGAGGCGGCCCGCCUGCGUGAUGGCGGGGGACUGCGGAGGUCCACCAGUAUUCGCAGCCGGUCGGCAGAGCUGCUAGAGUAUGAGAAAGACCCCUGCGCCAAAUGUCAUGUAUGUACGUCUCGCUGUCAGAAGUUCCUGAUCUCUCGCGUGGGCGAGGACUGGAUCUUUCUCAUCCUCCUGGGUCUGGUCAUGGCCCUGGUCAGCUGGGUGAUGGACUACGCUAUAGCCUUCUGUCAACAAGCUCAGAAGUGGAUGUACGGGGGACUGAACAGUAACAUGCUCCUGCAGUACCUGGCCUGGGUCACCUACCCAGUGGUGCUCAUCACUUUCUCAGCAGGGUUCACACAGAUACUGGCCCCGCAGGCUGUGGGUUCGGGUAUCCCAGAGAUGAAGACCAUUCUUAGAGGUGUGGUACUUAAGGAGUAUCUCACCUUUAAAACCUUUGUGGCCAAGGUUAUCGGGCUGACCUGUGCUCUGGGCAGUGGCAUGCCCCUGGGAAAGGAGGGCCCAUUCGUUCAUGUGGCCAGUCUGUGUGCAGCUCUCCUGAGUAAAUGCAUAGCUGCCUUGUUUGGUGGGAUUUACAUGGAAGAGCCCUUUCAGGGAAACAAGAAUGAGUUGAGGAACACAGAGAUGCUAUCAGCAGCGUGUGCAGUAGGGGUGGGAUGCUGCUUUGCUGCCCCUAUUGGAGGUGUGCUCUUCAGCAUUGAGGUAACCUCAACGUUCUUUGCGGUGAGGAACUAUUGGAGGGGCUUUUUUGCUGCCACCUUCAGCGCCUUCAUCUUCAGAGUACUGGCUGUGUGGAACCAGGACGAAGAGACCAUCACGGCUCUUUUUAAGACACGUUUCCGUCUGGACUUCCCCUUUGACCUCCAGGAGUUGCCAGCCUUCGCCAUCCUGGGGAUUGCGUGUGGUUUUGGUGGGGCCCUGUUUGUCUACCUGAACAGACUGAUAGUAGAGUGUAUGAGGAAACAGAAGACCAUCAACAAGUUCCUGCUUAGGAAACGUCUGGUGUUUCCUGCCAUGGUCACCUUGAUCAUCUCAACCCUUACCUUCCCCCCUGGGUUUGGACAGUUCAUGGCUGGACAGCUGACACAGCAUGAGUCACUGGUGGCGUUGUUGGACAACCGCACGUGGUCUCGCCAGGGUGUUGCCGAGGAGUUUGACUACAUCAGCCACUCCCACGCCUGGAAACACCCCCAGGUCAAUGUCUUCAUCACUCUCAUCUUCUUCAUUGUGAUGAAGUUCUGGAUGUCUGCAGUAGCUACCACCAUGCCUGUACCAUGUGGGGCCUUCAUGCCAGUUUUCCUCAUUGGUGCAGCAUUUGGGCGUCUGGUAGGUGAGACCAUGGCAGUCAUGUUCCCUGAUGGUAUCCAUGCCGAUGGCAGUGUCUAUCCCAUAGUGCCUGGUGGCUAUGCUGUUGUGGGUGCACAGAGCAUUGUCGGGGCUGUGACUCACACAGUGUCGACGCGUCAUCGUGUUGAGCUGACGGGUCAGAUCACCACAUCCCUAAGACCGGUGAUGAUAGCGGUGAUCCUGGCCAACGCCGUAGCCCAGUCCCUCCAGCCCUCGCUAUACGACUCUAUCAUCAGGAUCAAGAAACUACCCUACCUCCCUGAGCUUGGUAUGGGGCACCACGAGAAGUAUAACGUCCGUGUGGAAGACAUCAUGGUUAGAGACGUGCGUUACAUCACUCUCUCCUCCUCCUAUCGAGAUGUACAGGAGGUCCUGCUGACUGGACAGCUCAAAACACUGGCCCUGGUCGAGUCCACGGAUUCUAUGAUCCUGUUGGGUUCUAUAGAGCGCUCUCAGCUCCAGUCACUCCUGUCCCUCCAGCUGGGUCCAUCGCGCAGGCUAGACCACCUCCGGAGGCAGGCCAAGGACAAUGACACACAUACACUGGACACACACCUGUCCAACAUGAACAAUCCCCUAAGCCCACCCUGUACACACACACAUUCCAACAGCACCAAUACCAGCGAACGCCAUGGGGUCCGCUUCGUGGUGAGUGUAGCGGAGAUCUCAACAGAGGAGUCCUCCUUCAGCCAAGCUGUGUCCAUCUCUCAGCUGCCACUCAAGUCGGCUAUGAAAACUGUCCCUACUACUCACAACACAGAGGCAACCAACAGUAUGCACACUCUCUCAAUUAAUAGAGACACGCUGACUCCGUCUCCUCUCUCAGGCUCUCAGCAGACCCUCUCCUGUGGUGACCCUGAAAGAGAGCUACUCGAGAGCCUGGCAGAGCUGGAGGCUCCUGAAAGCAGGGGGCCCAAACGCGUCAGGAUAUCCAUGGCGGUGGAGUCUCCUGAAGUCGAGGAUGACAUGACCACAAACGAAAUAGCGGAGUGGGAGGAGCAACAGUUGGACGAGCCAGUGGAUUUCAACAACUGCAAGAUUGACCCAGCCCCUUUUCAGCUGGUGGAGCAGACGUCUCUGCAUAAGACUCACACCAUAUUCUCUCUGCUGGGGCUGGACCAUGCCUAUGUGACCAGUAUUGGACGAUUGGUGGGAGUCGUCUCCCUCAGGGAGCUUCGUAAGGCCAUAGAAGGCUCAGUGACCGUGACAGGAGUGAAAGUUCGCCCCCCACUGGCCAGUUUCCGUGACAGCGGCAACAACACCACCAGCGUUUCGGAGGUGACAGAGCUACACAAGCUUUGGAACCGCCACAGAGAACUCUCAUUACCACGGGAACCCACCCCGCCUGACCAAUUGGACGAUAUAUAUCAGGAGAGUCCUGUCCACUUCACACAGGACCAAUCAGAUUUGGAGUUUGAAACCAGCCAAGCUGACAAUACGCACCUGCCAUCGGAAUUGGUUCUUCAGGAAAGCCUCUCACUAACAGACGACCAAACAGAAGAGUUUAUCUUAGAGUGCAGCCCUUCCCACACUGACGAAUCAGAGCUGGCCUGUGAUUUUGACCCCCCCCACCUCCCUGAGACUUAUCAAUCGGAGCCGGCGAAGGAACAUGGAACCCCGCCCGAGAACAUACAGCAAAUGGACCAAUCAGAACUGCAGUGUGAGCGAAGUCCCACCCGCACUGAGGACCAAUCGGAAUGACAGACAAUUAGAUGAUUCAUGGUUUGUUGAGGUUUCUACAACAUUACAGGUCAUUUUCACCUCAAUCUCCAAGCUGGAUGUCUGUGUCCACGAUGUAUUGGUGUGUGUUUGUGGACGUGUUUAACUAUUCUUGUGGAGACCAGAAGUCCCCACAACAAUAGUAAACGAACGAAAAUAUGACCAACUGGGGACAUUUUGUUAGUCCCCACAAGGUCAAAUGCUAUUUCUAGGGGGUUUAGGAUUGCCCAUGCACCCAUCUGGUGCUGACACUACUUUCCCCCAAAUGACAGAGAGAUCAGAAGGAACAACAUGACCAGAUAGAGGAGGGUCCCACUUUGGAUUAAAUAGCCUAUACAAUCUAUGUGCUGUAUUUACAUUCAUACGAGGUGAGGACAAGGAUAUUUAAGACAAAAUUAUAAGUAACUACCUUAAGGCAGCUGAGAAAAUGCCACCACCACAGGGUUAAGAACAUUUGUGAAGCACAUUGUAAUUAACAUGCAUUUAACUCAAAGUACAUGUAGCCUUGUCUGACGUUAAGGUAGUAGGAAAGAUGUUAGUGUCUUGUAACAGUACAUUUUGUAUCAUUACGUUCCUAGCGAUAGGUAAUGAUUUUUCACACAACAUCGUUCCUACUGUACAACAUGUCUCUGGAAUGAUUUUAGUGUUAUUGACAGGAAACUUUGGUUAUGUGGAGAGACAACAGUGAAACUCAGAAUACAUCGAAGUUAAGCACGCACACACUCACAUAGUAAUACAUAUUUGUUCACCAACAUACAAAAUAAUAUUCCUAAGACAUAGCGCACACACACUAAAAAUGAUUUAUACAGUCUGCCUGGCCUCAAAACCAUUUUAGAAAUAUGUACUACCAACUUAGAAGCACAGUCAUAACUCUCCAAGUCCGCAGAUGAGCAAUAAAAGCCUUGGUUGAAUAAUUAAA